AUGGCUAAUUCAAGACUAGCUUUCCUGGCCGCGACCCUCUGCUUGCUCGUGCACGUGGCCUUCGGGAAGGGCUACGCCACGGCCGGGCUCAGCGAGGCCCAGCAAUGCAGGCUCCAGAGGAUCAGAGCCACCCAGCCAGACGAGCGCAUCGAGUCCGAGGGCGGCGUCACCGAGCUCUGGUCUGAGGACGACGAGCAGUUCCAGUGCGCUGGUGUUGCCGCCAUCCGCAAUGUCCUGCGCCCCAACGCGCUCUUUUUGCCCGAGUUCAUCAACGCCCCUCGCUUGGUCUUCAUUGAGCAAGGUAGGGGAUUGCUGGGGAUAACCUACCCAGGAUGUGCCGAGACAUACCACUCGGAUCAAUCCUCUGGCAGCAGCAGCGAAAGAGGGAGGAGAUGGCAAGGAGAGGGCCAGCAAGGGGAGGGGGGAAGCAGGGACCAACACCAGAAGGUUCACCGGAUCCGCCGGGGCGACAUCAUCGCCAUCCCUGAAGGUGCGCUUCAUUGGUGCCACAACGACGGGAACGAAGAACUCAUUGCCGUCUCCGUUGUCGACCUCAACAAUCAGGGUAACCAGCUCGAUCAAAGACUGAGGGCGUUCUUCCUCGCUGGAGGCGAAGGCGGGCAGGGCCGCCAACAGGGCCAGCAGAGCCGCCGCCGCCAGAGCGGGCGGUACAACUCCCAGAACAUCUUUCAAGCCUUCGACACCGAAAUCCUCGCCGAGUCCUUCAACGUUCCGAUCGAAAUAGCUCAGAAGUUGCAACAGCAGAGCAACAGGGGAAUCAUGAUCAACGUCCGUGAGAAGAUGAGAGUGGUAGCCCCAGAUGAGGAUGAGGAGUACGAUGAGGAGUACGAUGAGGAGCAGGAGGAGAGGAUGCGAAGACGAAGGGGGCCGUUGACUUCGCAAAACGGGUUCGAAGAGACGUUCUGUACCAUGAAGAUCAAGCAGAACAUUGACAUCCGAAGGGAAGCCGACGUUUUCUCGAGGCAGGCCGGGCGGGUCAACAUCGUCAACAUGCACAAGCUCCCAAUCCUGCGUUAUAUGGACAUGAGCGCUGAGCGAGGCCGUCUUCUUCCGAAUGCGCUGUACUCGCCACACUGGUCGAUGACCGACCACAGGAUCGUGUACGUGACUCGUGGCGACGCGCACGUGCAGAUCGUGGGGCAGAACGGGCAGAACGUGUUCGACGAGCAGGCGAGCGAGGGCAGCAUGUUCGUGAUCCCGCAGUUCUUCACCUCGAUAAUCAGGGCAGGCAACAGCGGGUUCGAGUGGAUCUCCUUCAAGACCUCGAGCCAGCCCAUGAAGAGCCCGCUGGCGGGUUACACCUCGGUGUUCAGGGCCCUCCCUAUCCAAGUCAUCACCAACUCCUUCCAGAUGUCGCCAAGGGACGCUCAGGAGCUUAAGUACAACCGCGAGCACCAGACGUUCCUCUUGUCGCCGAGCCGCCAGAGUCGGUCCAUGUCUUAG